AUGUCAGUACUCACUUCUCCAAGAGGAAAGGUGGAAGUUGUUCAUUGCCGAAGAACAGAGUCACAGGAUAUUUCUUGUAUCAAAAACCUCAUUAGAAAAUUUACCCAGAAGCUGUUUGGAAGGCUUAAUAUCAUCUAUCUUCUGGAGAAGGCAAACCUUGCUGUCACUCUCUAUAAUGACAAGGAGGAGAUCAUGGCCCAGGCCACCUUCCUGGACUAUCCCAACUGGAAUGUGGCCAAACAGGAUGACUGGGUGUCCGUGUUCCGGGAGCUUGACAGUGAAAUACCAUGCACACCUCUGAAUACAUUGUUCAUGCACCUCUUUGUGGCCGUGGACGAGUAUUCUAUUGGCUGCUGCAAAGAGAUGAUUCGAACCGUGUUUAAGGCAGUGCCAGAACUGCACUUCAUCUUUCUUAUAGUGCCAUCCUACAUGAGCCUAGGCUCAACUCUUAUAACUGUGUUUGACCAAGUGGGGAACAUUCCGAGUCUGACAUAUGAUGAGGACUUUGCUGUACAUAUAUGUCACAGACAUAGCCAUUACCCUCAGCUGCACAUUCGCAAAGCCAGGGUGGAAGACCAUGAUGAUCUCAUGCCAAUAUUUAUGCAACACGACACAAUUCUGAGAUCAACUUACGGUGAAUACUUUUUGGCUGAACUAAUAGAGGCCCAAGAUGAGGAGAAUCAUGCUGUCGUGUGUGAGGUGGAAGGUGUAGCUGUUGGGUUUAUGAGUGUGUGCUCGAGAGUGAACAUGCAGCUCCUGCAUGAGUGCUUUGACUUGGGGCCCUUCCAUGGACUCUGCAUCCCACAUCCUGAUGAUGUUCUGGGACGACCACAAGAGCUAAGCAUUCAAAGAAGUCAAGAUGCUGAGCUCAGAAGUAGCAGCCAGGAUUCCCAGAAAAUAGUUGAGGAGCCAGAGGAACCUGUCUCUCCGGAGGACACAGAAAGAGAAAAUAUCCAGGGAAAAGUUGCAGAAGAAGCCUCAAUUAAGGAACUUUCACCAAUAGUCCAAAGUGGAAAUACUGGUGAAAUUGAGGACUUAGAAAAUCUCCAUCUAGAAUCCACUGAAAAUGAUAUAAAUUAUUGUGUCAGUAGUGUGAGCCCAGCAUCCAUCUCACUGCCUGGGGAGACCAACUACUUCCGCCCCAUCUACAUGGGAGCCGCUGCUGCUUUUUGUAUUCAGCUGUUUUGUAUUGAUGAGAAGCAUGAAGCAAGGUCAUUGGACUUUAUGAAUUUUGUUUUCAGUCUCUUUCCUGACAAGAACUUCUGCCUCAUUUCUCUGCCGCAUCUCACCCCUGAGUUUGUCCUCAUCCAGAACUUUGUGAAGAUAGUCCCCUUCAACAACUGCACCCUGGAGCAGGAUCUCUAUGUCUUCCAUAGGGCUGGAUUGCUCAAGACAAUUAAUAUAAGAUUAGCCAAUUUAUCGGAUACUUCUGGUGUUGAAAAUCUCGUCAGCACCCUCAUGCUCAAUAAAAGCAUAUUGGAGGAUUUAAAGCAAUACAAUAAGGCUCGCAGAGACCCUGAUGGAACACCACUGCAGGCAUUUGUAGCUGAUGUGGCAGAACAAAUAGUUGGCAUUGCAGUGAUCAGAAAUGAAAUGGAUAUAGAGUACAUACGAUCCCAUUACAAUAUUGAAGAUUUCAUCUACUUCAGUCACCACCAGCGUGAAGAACAUGGACACCUGUAUCACUUUGCCUUGAACCCCAUUUUUCGGCACUACACCAAGUUUUUUCUGAAGGAGAUCCUCCGUUUAGGGUAUAAGUCCUGUCUCUACUACCCUAUUUAUCCAGCUUCCAGGGAAGGCAAGUUCCAGAGCUCUUACGCCCACUCCCUGACAUCCGCCCUUCAUUGCUUGGUUCCCGUGCGACCACGACGACAGAUUGUCUAUCCUCUGGAAAAGCUUGGCAUCAACGCUCCAUCAAAGGCGGUCUCCAAGGAUCCGUUGAGUUAUGCCUUGUACCAUACAAACAGAAAAUUAACGCUGGAACCUAAAAUAACUGUUAAUGCCAGGAUUGUUGUGGUUGGCGCAUCCAAUGUUGGAAUUUCCUUCCUAGAGACAUUGGUUUUUUGCUCGCACCUGAAGUUUAGUAAUCUCACGCUAAUUUCAACCCAUGGACUCCCUGGAAAAAAACUUCUGGGCUCUGAACAAAGGAAGUUUUUAGCAAGCGACCACAGUUUUAAUGAUAAAGAUCACGCAUUGAUGUCACUGUGUUCCUGGGUCAAUGUUGUGGUUGGUAGAAUGACUGCCAUAGACAGAGCAGCCAAGCAUGUCGUGGUUUCCCAAGAAGAAAUCAUACUCUACGACCACCUCAUCCUCUGCACUGGGCAGCAGUACCAGGUCCCAUGCCCUACAGGGGCUGAUAUUAGUCAACACCUGACAAACAGAGAGAUUCCAAACAGCUGUAAGCAGCAAUACACUGGUACAGUUCCUAGUAAUCAUUUUACUCUCAAUGAUGAAGAAGACUGCUUGAAGGCCCUGGCUUGGAUAAGAAACAACUCCAUCAUCACAGAAGGGAAUGUCAUUGUCUAUGGGGAUACAAUUGACACUUACACCACAGUGGAGACGCUCUUAAACCUUGGCGUCAAAGGCUCCAACAUCCACCUGGUGCAGCCCCCGCCCACCUCCAUCAUCACCUGCAUCAACAACUACUCAGUGGAAAGCGCAGUAGAGGAUGCGCUGGGAGUAGCAGGGGUUACCAUUUACCGGGAGGCGCUCCUGGCUCAAUGGAAUGAGGGCGGAAACCCAGACCCCAUUCACAAUGCCUGUUUCACCACGUCCACCAAGCCUUUCAAACUUCCCUGCUCUAUAUUCUUCAGCUUCUGUGAGAAGAAUGUGGAUUAUGAAACAUUUAAAGCAUUCAAUGAUGCAUGUCUUGUUUAUGAUGGCCGACUUGUCAUUGAUACAAACUUCCACACCAACGACAUAGCCAUCAGAGCUGCUGGCUCCCUCACUAAAUUCUCCAAUAGGUAUUACUCAAAUGAGUGGACUCACAGCAACUUCAAUUCCAAAGAAGUUGGCUUUCAACUGGCAGCAGCUAUGCUCAAUCUCUUUGAUCCAACCCUUGAGCCUGUGACUGAGCCACCAGCUGACCUUGACCGACUCAUCCCCAUGUACAAGGGAGCCAAGAUCCAAGGAGGCAUUAUUCCUGGAUCUUACCAUUAUCUGCAUAUUGCCAAGCCUGCCAUUCCAACUCCCUUGGAGGUACAAAUGGCCCAGCCUGAUUUUGGUUCAGAAAUAGUAACAGGUAAUGCGAAAAAUGGGACUUAUUUCAGAAUACACAUUAACAAGUAUAAAAUGGUGGAAACCAUCACAUGCCUCUGUAAGGAGCCCUUCCCUACCUCCAACUACAUACGCUUGUUUGGCCAGCAUGAGCAAGCCCUCAACAACCUUUGUGCUCGAUAUGAGGACAAGAUGAUCACAGAUCUCUACAGCUACUUCACGGAGCCCUGGUGCAUAGCCCUCUUUCACGAUCGUUUUAUUGAUCUGAGGAAAGAGUUACGCCAAAUCUUAACCUCAAAGGAGGAGAAAGAACUUCCUUCCAUAGAACAGUUAGCCCGUCAGAUAGAAGAUGAGGAAAUUAACCUGAACGAGAAACCCAGGAAAUACCUCAAAAGAAUUUUCCAGGAAACCAUCUACAAGCCGCUGGUGGAGAAAAGCAUCCUUGACUAUCUGCACUAUAAUCACUACCACCUGCCCAUGUACGCGUGGCCAGGCAUCAUUUAG